AUCCACCUUCCAUCUGCCAACAGCAUCGAGCCACUCCCGACACCACCGCCGAUCACUCCCGAGAAGCAACCCCAGACACAACUCGAUACAAUGAGCGCCCGCGAUGAAGAUGUGGUCAUGGAGGACUCGCCCUCCCUUCCCGAAAAGUCCAGCAAGGGCAAGGAGGUGUCGACAAAGAAGCGCUUUGAAGUGAAAAAGUGGAACGCCGUGGCUCUGUGGGCCUGGGACAUCGUUGUCGACAACUGCGCCAUCUGCCGCAAUCACAUCAUGGAUCUGUGCAUCGAGUGCCAGGCGAACCAGGCCUCCGUAACCAACGAAGAAUGCACCGUCGCCUGGGGUAUCUGCAACCACGCCUUCCACUUCCACUGCAUCUCAAGAUGGCUCAAGACCCGCCAGGUCUGCCCGCUGGACAACCGAGAAUGGGAGUUCCAGAAGUACGGUCGCUAAGCGAUUGCAGGACUGGUUCGCCAACGGCUGUCGAUUUUGCGGACUCGACUCUUUGUCCUGUUGGCUGCCGACAGCCUGUCUUGCCCGGGCUGCGAUUCUUGAGUUUCAGCACGAGCGUUUGCGACAUGCUCCGGAUGCAAUCGGGGACACACCCUGGAAUUCCGGCUCGAUGUGUGUGCAAAACCGGCAACCCCGGCUUUCUGAGGAUGACUUGUUACUCUUUUCCUUUUUUUCUGGUUGCGGAAUACAUGCACGGCUCAUCCACCCACCGA